AUGAAACAUGUGGCCUUCGAACUCUUCCCAAACUUACUGAAGCUCACGUUAUUCCAGAAAAAAUAUAAAAAAAUGAGAGUGUCAAUUGCAGCUCAGACUAUGAGCCAACGAGUAGCAGCAACAUUAAGAUUGAUGACAGAAUAUGCUCAAGAUGGUAAACUAUCAAACGCUCAUGGGACAGCAGAAUUUCUUUUAUUUAUGAAUAUGGUGUUCGAUUCAGUCAAUGGUAGUACGGUUCUAUCAAAUGCUGGUAAGCCAUUGAGAUCUGCAGUCAAAGAUAAGUCACAUCAUGUUUCCUUCUGGUCUGAUGCAAUUAAAGUAUUAACCUCUAUGAAGUUUGUCGAUAAAGUGAAUGGUAAACAAAGGACUCCGCCAUGCAUUAAAAACUGGAUAUUAACACUCAGUGGUUUCACUUAUUUAUGGAACAAAUUGAAAAACGUACAUAAAUUUCAAUUUUUAAUUCUUCGUAAUAUUAAUCAGGACUCAAUUGAAUGUUUUUUUGGAAGUAUUCGAAGCCAUGGCGUCCGCAAUACAAACCCUACUGCUUUACAAUUUGUUUCUUCUUUUAAGACAUUGUUAAUCAACAAUUUUAGCUCUGUAAAAAAUAUAGGGGAUUGUGAAAUUGAUGAUUGUACAGUGUUAGACAAUUUAAAAUCAUUUUUAGAAGGUCCCGUAACAAAUGUAAAUGCAGAUGAUCUAUUUAAUAUACCCAUCUCAUUAGAUAUUCCUAGUUCAGUAUCAGUACUAAAAUCAAAAUUUAAUUCCUUCACAUUUGGAUAUGUAGAAGGCUAUAUUGCACGUUCAAUUUUGAAAUCCAUUAGUGGUUGUAAAUGUUGCAAGAAUGAUAUAAUUAAAAAAAACAUUAGAGAACUCUUUAAUUAA